UAGUCCUUUCUCUCGUCUUUGCGAGAGCGAGCGCCAUGAGGAAGCGGGAGAGGGAGAAUCCGUGCUUCAUCUGCAAUCACUACCACAAAUUCGAGGAUGGCGAGCCCUGCGGCGUGUGUGGCCAUCGCCGGACGGCGGGCGAGGAGAAGUGUUCGCAGCAGAGCGCCUUCUCGGCGGAGAUUUUGCCUUUCCUGUUUCUCGGCAGCUACGACAAUGCCUCCAGGGCGGAGCUCCUCAAGGCGCAGGGAAUUACGCACAUCUUGAAUACUGUAGCGAGAUGCCAGAAUCUCUACAAGAAUUCUUUCACUUAUCACUGCAUACAAGAGGAGAGAUUACCGCUGGAAGAGUGCCUGGAUUUCAUCGAGAAAAGCCGGCAAAACAACGCGAAGGUUCUCGUCCAUUGUAUGUCCGGACAAAGCAGAUCCCCGGCAGUUGUUAUAGCGUAUUUGAUGCGACACAAAGGCUGGAGACUGUCUCAAAGCUACGAAUGGGUCAAGGAAAGGAGCCCUUCAGUGAAGCUCAACCCCGAAGUGGAGCAGCAGCUCCAGCAGCUUGAGAAGGAGAUCUUCGGCAACUGCUUUACGUCGCAACCCGGAGGCCAAGCAUUCGGAUCGUCCAUCACAGCGGCAGUGGGAGGAUCACUCCCGAUUUUGGAAGCCACGUCGCCGGCUGGUUUCGCGUUUUCCGCUGGAUUGAACCCGACCAACUUCGCCUUCACAGCGCAGCCAGUGCCAGUGCCAGGAGCCGAUCAAAACAUGGAUGGAUCUCAGGUUCGCUCGCCAUUCUCUCUCGCUCGCUAGCUCGCUCCUCGUUAGUGUAAAUCCUUGUAGGCACCAUUUUUCGUGUGCAAUAAGGACACCUUACUGUACAAAGGCUUGUGUUACUAUAACUCAAAUUCUUUACACAA